AUGAAUAAAACGUUUAACCUUAAACACUAAAAAACAUCCGUGUCAUUUACUAUCAAUCGUCAAAAAAUAAAUUUAUAAUUAUUAAUAAUUAGUGAUCCAAUAAAUAAUUCAAAAUGCCAGACCACUUAGGAGACGAUAUGAGAAAGAUAAAAGAAGAGGAGAAAGAAGAGAAAGAAAUAAAAUCUCUUGACGAAGGAGACAUUCAAUUAUUGAAAACUUACGGUCAAGGGCAGUACACAAAGUCUAUCAAAGGAGUAGAAGAAGACAUCCAGACAAUAAUCAAACGAGUUAAUGAACUUACUGGCAUAAAGGAAUCAGAUACAGGACUGGCACCUCCAGCUCUAUGGGAUUUGGCUGCUGAUAAACAGACCCUGCAAAAUGAGCAGCCGCUCCAAGUUGCCCGCUGCACCAAAAUCAUCAACGCGGACUCAGAUGAUCCCAAGUACAUCAUCAAUGUCAAGCAGUUUGCGAAAUUCGUUGUCGAUCUCGCGGAUUCCGUCGCGCCAACUGACAUCGAGGAAGGAAUGAGAGUCGGCGUCGACAGAAACAAAUACCAAAUUCAUAUCCCACUUCCUCCCAAGAUCGACUCAACUGUCACCAUGAUGCAGGUCGAAGAAAAACCUGAUGUCACUUACAGUGACGUCGGUGGCUGCAAAGAACAGAUUGAAAAACUUCGAGAAGUCGUCGAGACUCCUCUAUUACACCCUGAGAAAUUUGUUAAUUUGGGUAUCGAACCACCAAAAGGAGUUUUAUUAUUCGGGCCACCUGGUACCGGUAAAACUUUGUGUGCUCGUGCUGUCGCUAAUCGAACUGAUGCUUGUUUCAUUCGUGUAAUUGGUUCAGAGUUGGUUCAAAAAUAUGUUGGAGAGGGUGCUAGGAUGGUGAGAGAACUAUUUGAAAUGGCAAGAAGUAAGAAAGCAUGUUUGAUUUUCUUUGAUGAAAUUGACGCUAUCGGUGGCGCAAGAUUUGAUGACGGAGCUGGUGGUGAUAAUGAAGUGCAACGUACUAUGUUAGAACUUAUCAACCAACUUGAUGGUUUCGAUCCACGUGGAAACAUAAAAGUACUGAUGGCAACAAACAGACCAGACACUCUGGACCCGGCGCUCAUGCGCCCGGGACGUCUCGACAGAAAAGUUGAGUUCGGUCUACCGGACCUGGAGGGCAGGACCCACAUCUUCAAGAUCCACGCGCGGUCGAUGAGCGUCGAGCGCGACAUUAGAUUCGAAUUGCUCGCGCGUCUCUGCCCCAACAGUACUGGAGCCGAAAUAAGGUCGGUCUGUACCGAGGCUGGUAUGUACGCAAUCCGCGCGAGACGUAAGGUCGCCACUGAAAAAGAUUUCCUCGAUGCCGUCAGCAAAGUCAUUAAGUCUUACGCUAAAUUCUCAGCCACUCCUAAAUAUAUGACUUACAAUUAAAAACUCACAAACAAACAACACAUUAUUAUUAUAUUAUUUUAUUCAUAAUUUUUGCUACAUUACUGAACAUUCAUUGUCAUUUAACAUAUAAAAAUAUAUAACAGUUCACGUGAUUAAUUAAUUAUUGUUUCUUGGAGUAAAUUGAAUUUUAAUUGGUAAA